AUGAUCCGCCGGCAAGACACGGAGCGGGCAGUGGAAAUUCUGUCCAGGUACCAAAGCACCCUGCAGGCCCCAGAGGAGCAGGAGCUGAAGGCAUCCAUUGGGAAAGUCUCGCACAUCUUCCGCAGUGACCUCUUCCAGGCUCUGCUGGACAUCCAUGAAUUCUACGAUUUCACACUGCGCUCCGCACCCCUGCAGCCUCCCAGCCCAGGCACACAGCAUGGCACAGCUGGGGAGCAGCAUGAGGCCAGCCAGCCCCACCCUGCACCCCGAGAGCCCCAGCACCUGCCCAAGGAUCCCUCCCGGGAUGGUGAGUGGAGACUUCCUGCAGGUGCUGGGGACAGCGGCUCCAGGACACCACCACGGCUGGUGAGGGUGACAGCUCGCAGGACAGAGGCACCAGCCAGCAUCUGCAGCCUGGUGCUCAGCUCUCACAGCACCCUACCCGAGGCCAACCCUGCUCCCAUUAUCGUGAAUACAGACUCGCUGGAACAAGGGCUCUCUGUGAAUGGCAGCGACGGGAUGUUCAAAUACGAGGAGAUCGUCUUGGAGCGGGGAAACUCUGGCCUGGGCUUCAGCAUAGCAGGAGGAAUCGACAACCCCCACGUUCCAGAUGACCCAGGCAUCUUCAUCACCAAAAUCAUCCCUGGGGGAGCAGCAGCCAUGGACGGACGUCUGGGGGUGAACGACUGCGUGCUGCGAGUGAACGACGUGGACGUGUCUGAGGUGGUGCACAGCAAAGCUGUGGAGGCCCUGAAGGAAGCAGGCCCUGUGGUGCGGCUCGUGGUGCGCCGCCGGCAGCCCCCGCCAGAGACCAUCAUGGAGGUCAACCUGAUGAAGGGCCCCAAAGGCUUGGGGUUCAGCAUUGCAGGGGGCAUUGGGAACCAGCACAUCCCCGGGGACAACAGCAUCUACAUCACCAAGAUCAUCGAGAGCGGCGCUGCCCAGAAGGAUGGGCGCCUGCAGGUCGGGGACCGGCUGCUCGCGGUCAAUAACACCAACCUGCAGGACGUGCGGCACGAGGAGGCAGUGGCUGCCCUGAAGAACACCUCUGACAUGGUGUACCUGAAAGUGGCCAAGCCUGGCAACAUCCACCUCAACGACAUGUACGCGCCCCCCGACUAUGCCAGCACCUUCACAGCCUUGGCUGACAACCACAUAAGCCAUAACUCCAGCCUGGGCUACCUGGGCAGCGUUGAGGGCAAGCCUGCCUACCCCGUCCCUCCCCAGGUGACUCCAUCCCGGUACUCGCCUAUUCCUCGGCAUAUGAUGGGGGACGAGGACUUUACCAGGGAGCCCCGGAAAAUCAUCCUGCACAAAGGCUCCACUGGCCUGGGCUUCAACAUUGUCGGAGGGGAAGAUGGUGAGGGGAUCUUCGUGUCCUUCAUUCUGGCCGGAGGCCCUGCUGACCUUAGUGGGGAGCUGCGGAGAGGAGACCGCAUCCUCUCGGUGAACGGCGUGAACCUUCGCAACGCCACGCAUGAGCAGGCGGCGGCGGCACUGAAGCGAGCAGGGCAGACGGUGACCAUCAUCGCGCAAUACCGGCCCGAAGAGUACAGCCGCUUCGAGUCCAAGAUCCACGACUUGAGGGAGCAGAUGAUGAACAGCAGCAUGAGCUCUGGCUCUGGCUCGCUGCGGACGAGUGAGAAGAGAUCUCUCUAUGUGCGAGCCCUGUUUGACUACGAUCGGACCCGGGACAGCUGCCUGCCCAGCCAGGGGCUCAGCUUCUCCUAUGGGGACAUCCUGCACGUCAUCAACGCCUCUGACGAUGAGUGGUGGCAGGCCAGGCUGGUGACGCCCCACGGUGAGAGCGAGCAGAUCGGGGUCAUCCCCAGCAAGAAGAGGGUGGAAAAGAAGGAGAGAGCGCGGUUGAAAACAGUGAAGUUCCACGCCAGGACUGGCAUGAUUGAGUCCAACAGGUCGAUCAAAACGAAACGUAAAAAGAGUUUCCGCCUCUCCCGAAAGUUUCCCUUUUACAAGAGCAAAGAGAACCUGGCCCAGGAGAGCGGCGGACAGGAACAGGGUGUGACGUCAAACACCAGUGACAGCGAGAGCAGUUCCAAAGGACAAGAGGACACCAUCCUGUCGUAUGAGCCAGUGACACGGCAAGAAAUUCACUACACCAGGCCAGUGAUCAUCCUGGGGCCCACCAAGGACCGCAUCAACGAUGACCUCAUCUCCGAGUUCCCACACAAGUUCGGCUCCUGCGUGCCCCACACCACCAGGCCUCGACGUGACAAUGAGGUGGACGGUCAGGACUACCACUUUGUCAUCUCCCGGGAGCAGAUGGAGAAGGACAUCCAGGACAACAAGUUCAUAGAGGCUGGGCAGUUCAAUGACAACCUCUAUGGCACCAGCAUCCAGUCAGUGCGGGCAGUGGCAGAGAGGGGGAAGCACUGCAUCCUGGAUGUGUCUGGCAAUGCUAUCAAGAGGUUGCAACAAGCACAACUUUAUCCCAUUGCCAUUUUCAUCAAACCAAAAUCUAUUGAGGCUCUCAUGGAGAUGAACCGGAGGCAGACGUAUGAGCAGGCCAACAAGGUCUUUGACAAAGCCAUGAAACUUGAGCAAGAGUUUGGAGAGUAUUUCACAGCCAUCGUACAAGGAGACUCUCUUGAGGAGAUUUACAGCAAAAUAAAACAGAUCAUUGAGGACCAGUCUGGGCACUACAUCUGGGUCUCAUCCCCAGAGAAACUCUGA